GGCGGCGGCGCCGCGCAGGUUCGCACCGAGUUCCAGAUCUCUAACGGGGGGGAGUUGCCGGGCCCCGCGGACUGCAUCCAGGCGGGCGCCAAGAGGGUCGCGCAAUUCUUCGCCGCGAAGUCGUGGGCGAUCUUGCCAUUCGACCCACCAGAGGCGCGCAAGAUCAUGGCCAGCAGCCAGGUGGCCCAGAGCAUCCGCGCGACGUUGCGCGCGGACGACGACCCCGCUAUGUCUGCGUCGGAGGCCAACGCCGCGGGCCAGCCGGGCUCCCAGGCCGCGCUCGCUGCCGCGUCGGAUUACGCGGGAGGCGGGGGGGCCAUGGACGAGGCCUCCAGGCUUCCCCUCAUCACCGCUGACCACGCCCAGCGCGCCAGGCGAAUGCUCGACAUCAACAUUGGCAUCCAGGCCAUCUGGCGAGCUGCUCUGGGCGACGAGGGACGUAACCAAGCUGAUGAGUUCGCUGCCCCGCUCCCCGCGCAGUCGCCAGCCCACCUGGCGGCGCCGCCAGCGCAGGUUCCUGUCGAAGGCGUCGCAGGGGCCAGCACUGCGCACCCGCCCGCGCAGGCCGCCGGCGCAGGCUUCGACGAGUCGCAGCCUGCCACCUUGGGCGCCGAGGGCGAGGAGCAGACUGAUGCGCCCCCGGUAGCCGUGGCGCAGGGCCCCGAGAAGUCCGCGCUGAAGUUCAGCGACGUGGCGGGCGAGGAGGACUUCGACAAGCAGGGCCUCGGCGCAGACGGGGCGAUGAUCUUCGCGAGGCCCGAGUUCAAGGGCAAGGAGCUCAUCCGUCGCGUGCUCCUGACGGGAAAGAGCAGCAUCCACGUGAACGCCUGCGUGGACCUCUGCGCCAUCUCCACGUCGGAAAAGGCUGCCGGUGCUAAGCGGAAGAAGCAGGCUCGCCCGUCCAAGCCUGACGUGGCGGCGGUGCUCAAGCCCACUUUCGAACAAUUCCCGCGCUUGGGGGCGCACCAGACGGAGGAGGGCGGAGUGGUUCUCAAGGGCUGGCCCGACUCAAUGUGCGGGCGGAUGCUCUUCCACAGCGACUUGAUGUGUUGA